AUGGAACCCUAUCGGCGACCCGAGACGGACCAGGUGGCAAAGAAUCGCAAGGCUCUUGUGGUGGACACCAGCGGAAUCUCAACCGCAGGGCAGGCGUCGUCGGGAGGCUCGUCGGCGCGCUUCACGCCCAGCCCGUAUGAUGUCCGUUACUUUCCUCGCAACGAAAGGCCGCGCACCCCAGUUCGAUAUGAAGAUGUCGCAUCACAGUCCACCAACGACACAGCACCAGAUCCGGAUGCCGGCCGCGGCUUCACCCACCGUGCCGUGAUGGACGCGUUUGCUCCGGCAAACAGAGCAGGCUGGCUUGGUGUUCCCUUCUCUUCGCGGGGCUUCCCCCACCAGGAUCAACAGCCUGCCGACAGUGCCUACGGCUCUUUAGAAUCUCCUGUUUCUCUGCCCUACGGCCAGGUCAGCAACUCGCACCACCACCGCGGGCUAAGCAUGGCCAGCUUGGCGACGGUGAAGGAAGACUACAGCCGCGGUGGGGAGUCUCUGCAAUUCAGCGCGCAGAAGCAGGAGUCUCCCUUCUCGGCGCCUGUCUUCACAAACAUGGAGCCACAAGAACGUGCCGUCGCCAGACCAUCUCCUUUUGCCGCAUCGCUCUGGCAUCAGCGCUCGGCAUCUGUACCCAGAGUUGGACCUAGCAGUCUGUCAACUGCACUGCGAAGCGCGACACAGAGUUCUUGGGCCGCCGAAGAUCCAUUUUGGUCACCUCGGACGGGCAGAGUUGGUGCGCCUUCUGCGCCUCUGAUGAAUCGAGAGAAUGGCCGCGACGGACAAUCUUGCACCGAGGAUCCCGGGCAGCAGAGCGCCUUCAACAUGCAGGACCUUCGUGUAGCUCUUCCCGCGCUCACCGGAAACGACCACACCCAGCGGUGCAACGAUCGAACCCAUAAUCUGUCGCAUAACCAUGGCGACAGAGGCCCUGCUUCUCUUGCUUUGGGUUGGUUGGGCGAUCCGUCUUCGCUUGUAAAGGUUGGUCACAGCGCGGCUGGCACGCAGCCCAUAGACGUGUCUCCUGCAUCCUCGGCAUUCCCAGCCAGGGGCAUGCGGAGUCUCGCAGUUCCCGGCUUCACGCCGAUGCGCGCUUGCCUGGCCGCCGCCGAAGAGGAACGAGCCCAGGGCCAGCAAGUCGCGAGGCCUGCUCUGAGCAGCCAGGCGUGUUGCUCGUCCAAAUUUUCUGUACGAUACAAGGGCAUGCAUACAACAAAGAAUGCCAGCAACGACAUCCUUCCCGACAGACUCAACUGUUCGGUCUGGAUCACCAAUCUCCCGGAGGACAUCACCUACGCGGAGCUGCUCGAGAGUGUCGGCUCCCGUGGGCGAAUUUUCUGUUCCUUCAUCAACAGUCCGGACGGGAUCAAGUUUCACACGGCCGCCGCCAAAGUGGUCUUCUUCAAGCCUGGCCCCGCGCAGAGGCUCCGCGACGAGGCCGCUCAUCCAGGUUUCUACGUCCGCGGCCAUCGGACGCGCAUCACCUUGAAUCGCAUCAAGAGCGGAGAGGUGCAAGUGGCGGGACGCAACUGCCGCGUUCUCAUCAUCACCGGACGGGAUGAUUUCGUCAACGAGCAAACGUUGCGCGAGUGGUUUGACAGACGCAUUGUGUGGCAGGGAGAUGGGGUCAACGAGCUCAUCCACGCGCGGGGCCGGAGAGUGCUCGAGUGGCGAUUCGGCUCGUACAGAAACCAGGCCGAGAUGGCCAAGCUCGCGCUCGAGAAGGACCGCCCGGUCGGCCUGGAGCACGUCGAGUUUGGGUUCGACCCGAACGAAGUCGGCGCCGAAGACAUGUCGUCGUACGCAAUUGCGGCGGAGCGCAUCCAGGGCAGAUACUGA